AUGAGUACGACACCGAUGCCGGUCGCGGCGACGCCAGAGACGCAGAUGGUUGCCUUUGUUGCGCCCGAAAUUGACGCCGCGGGCCUCUACCGCGUCAAGGUGACACCUCCGCGCACGUCCAUCUGGGACGGCAUGGUGCAGCUCUCGACUCCCAUGAACGAUGAUGAAAAGUCCGAGACGAACCGGUUGCGCCACGCGCGCCGACGCCUGUGGAUGCUACUUUGCGCAGCGGCAGUGAUUGUAGCCGCGAUCAUCGGUCUCUCGGUCGGACUCUCGUCGGGUUCGUACCACGACGCGUCGACGUCCGACGGCGCCCGCGCCAACCUCAAUGGUGCGACAGAGGCCCCUACGUAUGUGACGCCGACGCCCACCACGUCGCUGCCAACGCCAACUACCGACUGGCCCGACGCCGGCCCCGACACCAACUACAACCACCAAGGCACCGGCACCGACUACGACCACCAAAGCGGCGACACCGACACCGACGCCAACACCGAGGCACCGACUACGACCACCAAAGCGGCGACACCGACACCGACGCCGGCGCCGACAUUGGCUCCGACACCGGCACCAGCACCGACGCCGGCACCGACGCUGACGUUCCUCAACAAGUGUCCCUACACGAUCAAUCUCUUCCAGGUCGAUACGCCCAUUUGCACGCUGGGCUCGGGUCGUCAAUGCACGUAUCCGCUGAACGCCGGCGACCACACCAUGUUCCGGCACACAGGGUCGGCGUCAGCAACGCUUGUCGAAAUGACGCGGCUCGGGGGCAUGAUUUGGUACGACAUUAGCAUCAUUCCGCCGGGGUGUGGCAACGGCGUGAGCUGGGCAGAGUGCAUGCGCCUCUCGGGCGGUAUCUCGGGCUACAACGUCCCCGUCUCGAUGCUACCGACCAAGUACAACAAGGACCCGACGGCCGGCAACUGCUUCUAUGUCGAGUGCCUCGCCGACCAGUGCCCCGAUGCCUACCUGUACCCGACCGACGACCUCAAGAUGAAGGACUGUCGCGAAGACGAGGCGUUCCUCAUCACCUACUGCCCAUGAGCCGCUGCAUAUUGAUAGAUAGUACGUCGUUAAUUAACGUGA